UACCUGAAAUAUUUAAAUUUCCUUUUUCCAAUAUUUUGUCAAAACUGUACGGACGGUAUUCGAUGGAAACGAGACUUAACUUGUUUUUGGAUCUGAAGACGGAUAGCAUAUAGAUUUUUCGUGCGAUAUCCAAAAUUCAAUUAUGAAGAACUGAUUUUGAUUUGAAAAAUAUAAUUUUGAUUUCUGUUUUUGGUUGUUUUAGCUUUCUGCUUCUGCUGUUGUAACUAUUUAUUUGGGAUUUUUUUUUUAAUUUAAAUGCUCCAAAUCUGACAGCCAUGAGGAAGAAGCUCGACACCCGUUUCCCAGCUGCUCGCAUAAAAAAGAUAAUGCAAGCAGAUGAGGAUGUUGGGAAGAUAGCGCUGGCUGUGCCUGUCUUAGUUUCUAAAGCAUUGGAAUUGUUUUUGCAAGACCUUUGUGACCGUACAUAUGAAAUCACCCUUCAGCGAGGAGCAAAGACUAUGAGUGCAUUGCAUUUAAAACAUUGCGUACAGAGCUACAAUGUUUUUGAUUUUUUGAGAGAGAUAGUCAGCAGGGUUCCUGACUAUGGACAUGGUCAUGCUGACAAUGCUGCAGAUCAUAGAACCCUUCAAAAGAGGAAGCCCAUUGUGGAUGAAUGCAAUGACAGUGAUGAAGAGUUGAAGAGAAGCAAGAUGCAUGAGAUGAGCCAUGCAGGUAGCAGUGGCAGAGGGAGAGGCCGUGGUCGAGGAAGGGGCCGAGGACGAGGCGCUCGAAAUGUGGAACGAGAGUCUUCUCAUCAUGAGAUUGAAUCUGAGCCCAGCACAACUCUUCAGCAGAACAUAAAAAAUAACUCAAAUCCUGGAAUGGUGGUGGAUAAUGGUUCAGAUCAAAAGGAAUUGUUGAAGGAAGAUAUGGUAGUCAGUGAUGUUGCCAAUGCCUCAGAAAGAAACUUUGAUCUGAAUGCUGACGUGAAUGAGAAUGAGGACACAAAGGCCGCAGCAGCAGCUGCGGCAGUAGCAGCAGCAACAGCAACAGCAACAACAAUAACGGCAGCAACAACAGUGGUUGAUAACUCAUCUUCAGUGCCUACUACUGAAACUAAUCAUGAAGAAUAUCCAGGUUGGUCUCUCUCUGAAAUGGACAAGAUGGCCAUUGACCCUCUUCAGCUUGCACAGUUUGGCACAAGAAUAGAUGAGGAAGAGGAAGAUUAUGAUGAAGAAGGCUAAUCUACUGUUAGUAGGGGCUUGUAGUAAAUGGUUAGUGGUUGGAAUCUGAUUAACGGGUGUGAAUACAAGGAGAGGAAAGCGGUAGAUGGUGAAGACUAGAAAGACAAGUACUCAUUGGAGAAUGAAUGUGUGCUCUGUGCCAUUCUUCCUGGGAAAGGCCGAGAAGAUACGAUGUUCUUGGUUUUCCUUCGUCUCUGUUUAAUCUCCUGUCGUGCUAUCUUCUAACAACCCGUUGCAGUAGUAGAUUUGCUCAGAACUUUAGCUGUGUGAUUUGAAUAUCUAAUGUAGGAUGAACAUGGCAGCCUUGGUAUAAGUUGCUGUAUAAGAUUGUUGUGUAUGAUUUAUUUUCAGUUUAGUCCAACCCCAUUUCAGUAGCA